UGUUCCAGUGGGGCCCGGAUUAUGGAUUCAUAACCCUAUUUAAAUGAGAAGUACUGAACUUUUUUUUCAUACUCGUUUCGGCUUUGCAUCAAAGGGCAGGUAAUCCAGUGAAUGCGAGUCAAUAAAGGAGAUACCGGUAAUGUCGAAUUAGACUGGAAAACAAUACCAACUAGUUGCAGCUUUCCUCUUACUGCCAAACAUGGGCAAGGGAGGCCAAGGAACACAGAAUGGCAUCUCCAAGGUGAAAGACUUCUCCAUGGACGAUGUGAAGCAUCACGACAAGCGGGAUGACAAGUGGCUGGUGAUCCAGGGUGAGGUCUACAACAUCACCGACUGGUCGAGGCGCCAUCCAGGAGGCAGCAAGGUCAUCGGCCACUACGCUGGUCAAGACGCAACUGAUGCCUUUCGAGCAUUCCACAAUGAUCUGAGCUUCGUGAAGAAAUACCUCAAGCCAAUCCAUAUCGGCAGUCUGAGGGAGGAGACCAAGGAGACGGAGGUGGAGCGUGACUUCCGCGAGCUCCGUGCCACUGCUGAGAAAAUGAACCUGUUCAAGCCCAACGCCCUGUUUUUUGUGCUUCACCUGGGGCACAUCCUACUGUUAGAGUACAUGGCUUAUGCCGUGAUGGCCUACUUUGGCACUGGUUGGAUUCCCUACAUCCUCUCACUUGUAUUCUACGCGACUGUUCAGGCUCAAUCAGGGUGGCUGCAACAUGACUUCGGUCACAUUUCCGUCUUUAAAAAUCGAUACAAAUUGGACCAUCUAAUGCACUUAUUUACCAUGGGCGUUACCAAGGGUGCAUCCCCCCAGUGGUGGAACCACAUGCAUUACCAGCACCAUGCCAAGCCGAACGUGAUGAACAAGGACCCGGAUGUGAGGGUGGAGGAACUGUUUGUUGUGGGCAAGGUCAUGCCAGUCCAGAUUGCUAAAGAGAGAAAGAAGAGCAUGCCGUACAACUGGCAACACAGAUAUUUCUUCCUCAUCGGACCACCCCUCCUGUUCCCAGUCUACUUCCAGUACAUGCUCUUCAGACACAUAUUCACCAGGAGGGCUUGGUGGGAUCUCCUGUCUGUGAGCCUGUUCUUUGUCAAGUUCUUCUACCUCUACAUCCCCAUGCUGGGACUUGGGAGUACCAUCAUCUACUACUUCAUCUUGAGGUGCCUGGAAUCCCACUGGUUCACCUGGGUGUCGCAGUCUAACCACAUCCCCAUGGACAUCGAGGAGGACAGCGCCAAACCCUGGCUGGCCCUGCAGCUGCAUGCAACAUGUAAUGUGGAACAGUCCUUCUUCAAUGACUGGUUCACAGGCCAUCUCAACUUCCAAAUUGAGCACCACCUGUUUCCAACCAUGCCCCGACACAACCUGCACAAGAUGUCUGCUCUGGUCAGAUCAGUGUGUGAGAAACACAACAUCUCAUAUAAAAUCAAGCCUCUGGGUACAGCCUUUGCUGAUAUAGUCCGAACCCUGAAGCAUUCUGGAGAACUCUGGUACUCGACCUACAACGCCUUCCACAGCCCCUAGACUAGCUUCUGCCUCUACGAUCAACAUGCCAUUUGUCUCCCGUCUGAAAUUGAAACAGCCCAUACUUCAAUAAUAUACAAACAUGUUCAUAAAGAGGAUUGUUUCUUAUUUAUGAAAGCUGAAAUUGAAGAUUGUUAUGUUGAUGAGAUAUUUUUCCCCAAAGUGGUGUACUUGUUUCCUACCAUCCCAUUGGAAAUAGAUGUCGGAAACUAUUGUCCACUGUUGCCUUUUCAAACAAUGGACAGGAUGAAAAGAACUAUUUUUGACAGUAUACUUUAAGAUGUCCAGUGUAUGUCGCAGUUAUUACUGUGUUUCUGGUUGGGUGUAAAUAUUUCAAAGAAUUAAGGGAAAAUAUUGAUUUAACAAAGAUUGAUCACUGCAGUAUUAUUUAGGAUUGACUUCAUUUUUGUAUGAACUGUGCAUGUGAAUCGGAUACUUGAUUUUGGGUUUUGUUCCCACAUAAAUAUGUUGUGUUCUUUGUGAGAAAAUGAUUUUUUUAUAUUUUUGAUGUUAUAGAAUAGUCUGUACUGUUUUGUUUAUUUCAAGUACAUAAAGUACACUCCUUCCCUCUGCCAAGGAAAUAAACAGCUGUGUAGAGAGGGUGUAUAUUAUACAUGCAGACAAUGAGGAAAUUAUAAAUAGUAGUCAUUUGGAAAACAGUUCCAACUUUCACCCCACAGAUCAAAUUCCCAUCCAAAUGAUCUGAAAUAUAUAUGUAUGUAGCAUUUAUCCUUAAUGAAAAAAUUGUCUGUGUUGUAAAUAAUCAUUUCUGUAGGAGAGCUGGCUGGAACAAUUUAACUUCCAAUAUGUACAAGUAUAUUUAUUGGUGUUUUUCCCUCCUAAGCAUAUAUCACCAUAUCUUUUCUCCAGGUGAAAGCUAUCAUGCACCGGUGUAUGGCUUAUUGCUGCAAAGUCUAUUUUUGUAUACCUACACUCGAAUAUAGUUCCCCAAAGCAGUAUCCAUGCCAAUGCAGGCCAAGAUACUUUUUUAUUUGUUGUUAAGUGAGGAUGAGAAUUAUUAUUUGAGAUAUGGUUUUCAAUUCCAUGGGUCCAACAUGUAAAGGUUAAUGGUACUACCAACUGUAGCCAAAGUCCCCACCCCAGAGCGUUAUAUGUAAGGUGCCAUAGCGGAAAUACGGUUGUGGGGAUAGGGCCCUCAGUUAUUUGAUCAGGAUGUGUGUUUGCGUGUUGUGUGUAUUUAUGGAUGCACUACCGGUGACGUGUUGAAAUAACCGCAUUAAUAGCAAAGCUGAUUACAUCCUAGUGAGCUGUUUUUCUGUUUCUAAUAAUAAGUCUGUGUCAAAACUCUUCAAGUCAAAGAUUUUUCCAUAGUUUUAACAUAUGGACUUUAGUAAGUUUACUCGACUGAAACCAAAUUUGCAUACUGCUAAUUGUGAUAUGAUAGAGGCAUAAAAACUUAAUCAUUUUAUUGAUCAUGCUAUUCAUUUCAUUUAAUUAGAUAUUAAUCAUCACAUAGAAUUUGCUUUCCAUUCAUAUCUCCAUCUUGUGUGAUCUCUGGGUGAAUGACAGGGUUAUGAUUUAGUUACUUUAGUACAAUUUCCGAGAUGUCUAUUCUUAAAUAUAUUUAUAGUUUGAGGCUUCAUUCAGGUUUUGCACAUCUUGCCCUGGAUUUCAUUAUUUUGCUGACUAGACACUUUGCUCAGUUUGUUGUAAGCCAAACAUGACACAUGAAUAAACACUUAGUACUA